AGACAAAGGUUAAUCAAGGGCAAAGAAAAGAAGUUAAAGAAAGGAAAAGACAGAAACGAAAAUAUCAAAGAGAAGAGAAUAGAGAGGAUCGAGGUAUAUGUUAUGAGAAUACACUGUAACACAUAUGAAUACUGGCGACAUCAAAAGAGAAAAAUAUAUGCUUGGUGAAUAACGGAUUAUUUCCUAUAUUUUUUAUAACCAAUUGUAAUGAUAGCAGGUGGCUGAUUGAUAAGAAUACCUAGAAAAAUUAUAUUAAUUUUUAGAAUAACCGACGAUAAAAAACGUGUUGACUAUCAAACGAUGACUAAUUUAAUAGGACAUCGACAACAUGAACAUGGCUUAUGUGAUAAAUUUCCUACGAUAUUAUUCUAUGCUCGUGAAAUGCAAAAAUUAGCUGAAGAAGUUAAAUCAUGUAGUAAAGAACAUGCUAUUGAAUUAGGUGAAAUUGAUUGGAAAGCUUUUGCUGAUAAUUGGCCAAAUAUUUUUAUUCGUAAUUCUGAACGAAUUCGUCAUAGUCAUGUUUUAUUCUUAGCUUCAUUUCAUAAUCCACAAACAAUAUUCGAACAAAUUUCAUUACUUUAUCAUUUACCAAAAUAUCUUUGUCGAUCAUUGAAAAUUUUUUUACCUUAUUUUCCAACAGGUACAAUGGAACGUAUUCAAAUUCAAGGUGAAAUUGCAACAGCAUAUUCACUUGCACAAAUGCUUUCAUCAGUACCAUUAACACGUACAGGUCCAUGUGAAAUUGUUAUAUUUGAUAUUCAUGCAUUACAAAAUCAAUUUUAUUUUUCAUCAAAUAUUAUUGUUCGUCUUGAAUCGACAGUUGAAUUAUUAUUGGAUGAAUUAAAAAAACGAGAAAAUCAAAAUGAAAAAUAUGAUAUUGCAUUUCCAGAUGAUGGAGCUCAUAAAAGAUUUGCUCAUAUGUUUGAUGAAACUAAAUAUCCAAUAGUAAUUUGUAAUAAAGUUCGUGACGGUGAUAAACGUAUGAUAACUAUACAAGAAGGUAAUCCAAAAGGUCAUCAUUGUAUAAUUAUUGAUGAUUUAGUACAAUCGGGUAGUACACUUAUUGAAUGUGCACAAGCACUUUUAGAAAAAGGUGCUGUUAAUAUAUCAGCUUUUGUUGGUCAUGGAAUAUUUCCUAAUGAAAGUUGGAAAAAAUUUGUUCAUUCAAAUAAUCCAAAAGUUCGUUUCGAUACAUUUUAUGUUACAAAUACUUAUCCAAAUACACAAGUAUUGAUUGAUAAACCUCCAUUUAAAGUACUUUCUAUAGGUCAACUUUUAUGUAAUAUUUGUUUUAAUUGA